AUGCCUCCUAAGAAAGCCGACCAGCCUAAGAAGAAGAAGGCCACCGUCGAUGACAAGACCUUUGGCAUGAAAAACAAAAAAGGUGGAAGCGCCAAGAGACAGAUUGCACAACUACAAACACAGGCGUCCCACAGUAAGACCGCCGAUGAGAAGCGGAAAGCAGCGGAGAAGGAGAAACGCGAGGCUGAGAAGCGGGCCUCUGAGCAGGCGAGGAAGGAUGCCCUCGAGCUGUUCAAGCCCGUCCAGGUGCAAAAGGUUCCCUUUGGUGUGGAUCCGAAGACGGUGCUUUGCAUGUUCUACAAGCAGGGCCACUGUGAGAAGGGUCGCAAGUGCAAGUUCAGUCACGACCUCAAUGUAGAGCGCAAGGCCGCAAAGAAGGAUCUUUACACCGAUUCUCGAGAGACGGAAGAGGAGAAGAAGAAGGUCGAUACCAUGGACCAGUGGGAUGAGGAGAAGCUUCGCAAGGUCGUCAUGAGCAAGCAGGGUAACCCACGGACGACGACUGACAAGGUCUGCAAAUACUUUAUCGAGGCAGUCGAGAACCAGAAGUACGGUUGGUUCUGGGUUUGUCCCAAUGGAGGUGACAAGUGCAUGUACAGACACAACUUACCGCCUGGAUUCAUUCUCAAGACGAAGGAACAAAGGGCGGAAGAAAAGGCCAUGAUGGACAAGUCGCCACUCAACACCUUGACCCUGGAAGACUGGCUCGAAAGCGAACGACACAAGCUCGUUGGAGAACUCACACCCGUCACGCCAGAGUCCUUCGCCAAAUGGAAGAAGGACCGUAUUGAUAAGAAGGCCGCCGAGGAACAAGCCCGCAAGGCUAAGGAGGAUACCGGAAGGUCACUGUUCGAGAGCGGCAACUGGCGGACCGAAGACAGCGAGCCCGAUUCGGACGAGGAAGACGAUGGAGCUUUCAACCUUGUCGCGUUACGGCGAGAGACCGAGAACAUCCAAACAAGGAAGGAAGAGGAGCGUCUGGCCAAGCUGCAUGGGCUCGACUUGGUCCCGGCAGUUGGGGGCGAAGAGUGA